GCGCGACUCCACUAUUACAUCCGGGACAUUCAGCUGUUUCACAUGUCAGUUGCUGUCAAGACUUUCCUGCAUGUGAAGAAGCUCCGGCAGCUAUUCUGGUUUUAACCACGUCUUUCUUUCGAGAGAAGAUAUGGCGCUGAUAGGAAUUCAGCUGGUGGUCAGCUUGCUGGCUGCCAGCAUUAUGCAGAAGAUGGCUCCACAUUACUCAUUUGCACGCUGGCUCCUUUGCAAUGGCAGUUUGUUCCGGUUCAAACACCCGUCAGAAGGAGAGCUAUGUGCACUUGCUGGAAAGCAGAUGCCCAAACAGACCAGGAGAGACAGGAGGCAAAAUGGGGAGAGCAAGCCUCUCACAGUGCCCAAAGACAUCGACCUUCACCUGGAAAAAGCUCCAGUCAACACCAUUGACGCUUUGGUGCUGCGAUUUUUCCUGGAGUACCAGUGGCUGAUUGAUUUUGCAGUCUAUGCAGCGGGUGUAUUCCUGUUCACUGAGUGUUACUACAGUUAUGUUGAUGCCAGCAAAGAGGUCAAUAUCGGAGCCAUCUGGUGUGUCUUGACUGUUCUCUUCAGUCUAAAGACCCUUCACACUCUAAUGAGCCACUACUUCAGCUCUGAAGAGGGCGGCGAGCGCUCCGUGUGCCUUGCCUUUGGCUUCUUGUCUCUGCUCGUGGCCAUGCUGGUGCUGGUGGUCAAGGAGGACUACCUGGAGUUCGGCCUGGAGUCGGGCUUUUCCAACCUCUUUGACAACUUGGAAGUCUUUGCCAGACAUCAGGGCUACGCCGAAUGGUCAAUCCCUGUGACCAAGCUGACGGUGAAACUCGGUCUGGCUGGUAUCUGUUCGUACAUCGGUGCUCUCCUGGCCUUCCCCGGCCUGCGACUGGCUCAGACUCAUCUAGAUGCUGUACAGAUUAACUCAGGCCGACCACACAUCCAGUUGCUGCUGCACGUUAGUUUCCUGUCUCCAGUCAUUGUGUUGAUUCUAUGGGUGAAACCCAUUGCAAGGGACUUCUUGGCCAAUGCACCUCUGGGGAAGACUACUGUCACACUAGUUGCCAGCGAAACAUUCGACAGCAUGCGCCUGUGGAUCAUCGUGGUGUUGUGUGUGCUGCGGCUAGCGAUGACCCGUUACCACAUGCAGGCCUACCUCAAUCUGGCUCAGAAGUGGGUGGAGCAGAUGAAGAAGGAGGCGGGACGUAUCGCUGCUAUUGACAUUCAGAGGAAGGUCACUCGUAUCUUUUGCUACCUGACCGUAAUUACUCUCCAGUAUCUGGUUCCUGUUUUUCUCAUCCUCUUCUCCACACUGGCACUCAAAGCACUAGGGGACUUCUCCUGGCAGUCUGGUGCAGAGCAGACCCCCGGGGUGACACCAGCACUGCUGAUACCCACAGCAGCACCUGUGCUGCCUGGUGGUCUCGAUGAAGAUGAAGAAGGGAUGGACGAUAUGGAUGAGGACAUCCAGGCCACAGUUGCUCGCCUGUCAGAGGCCUUCACAGCACUGCGGUCCGUCCUCACUCCACUUUUCUUCCGAGGUUUCUUUGCCUUCCUGACGUGGUGGGUGGCCGCCUGCCAGGUCAUCAGCUCUCUGUUUGGUAUCUACUUCCACCAGUACCUUAUGCAGACCUAACUGAGGGUCACGGAGCCAAACUGUUGUGCCUGCAAUGCAGCCUCAGCCCUCUGCUGUCUGCAGGUAUCCUUUGCAACAGCAUAUCAACAGCUAUGGGGACAUUUCAUUAAAACACACACAGAUAGAAUGCACCUUGUUUGUGGCUGUAACAGAAGCUUUUUAUCAAGGUUUGUUGAGGAGACGGGUGAUGGACACUGUCUGUUGCAAUAUUGGCUACCUUGUUGCGUUUAUGGCUUUUUGUGACCAGCAGGCUACUGGUAUCAAUAAUGCAAAUGUACAGAGAGAGAACUGGGGUCUGCAUCACAAAGAAAGUUCAACUUAGUCUGGCUCUCUUUGGGUCCACCAUAAACAAUUCUUGAUAACCGGAAUCACAAAGCUGGUAAUCAACCGGCUCCGUUACCUCUGGGUUUAUUGAUCCAGCUACGGAUGCGUUCAUGUGAAAGAAGCAGAUUUUUUUAAUUACAUGCAACAUCAAAAGAACCAUGAGAGGAUUACUUAAUAUGACAGAGACACCCAAAGGGAAAUUAGGUUUGUUUGUGUGUUGUAUUUAGAUCCUCAUUAGUUACUGUAUUGCAACAGUAGCUACAAUUCCUGGGGCCCCCGAGGUUCUAGUGACGGUGAUAUUCAGUAUGAUGGGAUAAGAAGCUUUAGAAAAGAAAAUAUUCUCCAAGUUCGUCUUAAAGUAAUUGUAAGCCUUUUUAAAAUUUGUUUGGCAUUUUCAACAUGUUCAGUAGAAUAGAAAAGUAAAAUGUUGCUUUUGUGUCUCAUUUUGAACAAACUAUUGAUCCACUUAGAAAGAGCAGGUUCUGAUCUGAUCCGGCGGAGCAGGUUAGCCGUGCAGCGUAGGUCACCAUGGUGAUCUACCUUGGUAAAAAGUGAGCCAGCUUUGUGAUAUUGGAAAACAAGAGUUAAGCCCACAGAGAUCCAGCUAACCCACUAAUCUCGCUUUGUGGUACAGGCCCCCGCCCAAUCCUCUAGCUACUUCAGCAGAACCUUUUCCUGCAACUUUUCAGAUGUGUCUAUGCCAGUGUUACCUGAAUUGUUCUUUCUAGAACAUUAUUGAAUGCUGCAUUUAAGAUGUUUAAUUGGUACCAGGGUAAGUGUUAGUACUUAAUCCCUGCGUAGAGAAGAACAUUUUACUUUUCAGAGGGACUAUUUGUCCCCCUAAAGAACCGAUUCACGAGUGCUAAAUGGUUUUUGUUAUCUUUUUUUUUUUUUUUCUGCUGUAACGAUUUGAUUGCAAAUGUGUAGUAAAGCUUCUGAUCCUAUCCUAUUAAAGGAAACGCAGCUGAACGUGCAUCCAAACGGUGGUUGUGGCUGUGUAUCAGCCAAGAACUGAAGAGCUGUUGCUUUUGUCUAAAUGGUGUCCUUCAGUAUUCCUAAGUGCCUGGGAGCUCAGGGGUUUUAAAUCAAUUUUAAAAUCUCCUUUCUCCCCGAUAAUGCGUAUUAAGAAUAAAUAGAAUCUGUUAAUAGAAUAGAUUAAGUUAAGUCUUCAAACCCAUUUCUGUUUUUCCUUUUUUUAUUUUCAAACACUACUCACUGGCAAUAUUUGUGUUGCAGUGUCUUAAUUAACUUACAUUUAGAUUUUUGCCAAUUAGUCGCGUACAUGUGAGAUUAGUUAGUUUAUUUUGAACCAGUUUUGUGUCGGUGGAUUUUAUUUAUUUAUUUAUAAUGCAUUGCCUCCAGUAACUUUUUAGUUUUUUAGAAAAUGAUACAGAUGAUGUAAAUCUGUUCAUUUAUGUAUUCUGUUUGUGGCAACAAAUUUUAGUGUGUUUUUUUUUUUUCUAGAUAGUAUGAAUUGAAUGCUCUGAAAUCCUUAUACUGUGAACUUCAAAUGAAAAUGUUGCUUUUUGAGAUUUUCUGAAUGCAUGGUGUGCAAAUUUUUGGCUGUAACCUGAACGUUUAGUUUGUGUGGCUCAAUAAAACACUUAUUAUUUUCACUGUU